CCUAAACACAGGAGAGCACGACAACGACAGAUUACAUCCAACUGAAUCGAAAUCAAACAAACCGUACACAGUACACAGUCGCCCAAAAAAUACGUGAAACUUUCGUACCGUGCUGUUUUUCAUAAUUUGUGUUAACGUUUUUUGUUGUUUUUGAAGUUCGUCGGUUAUUACAUUCAUAAAUGAAACAUUGUAAUUGAGUGUUUCCAUUGUUUUCAUUGAUGCCUGGGAUAUAAAACGAUCGUGUGUAAAUAAACAAAUACUGGUGUUAUAAAAAGUUGUUAAGAUUCAAUAAAAUGCCCACAUAAACAUGGAAUCCAUCUCCGUAUCUGCAAAUAUCAACCCUACCAUCAUAGAACCACCAGUUAUAUCUUCGAACGACUCCAAAAUAUUUAAUGAUAGUGGUGGAGAAAAUGAAGGAGACACCACCAUCCAUGCUUUCAAUAUUUCUGCAUCACAGUUUCACAUCACUGUUGUGGAAAACCCUGCGUUAAAGAAAUCUUCACAAUGUGAAGGUAGUGAUAGCGGGGUAGAGGUUGUAGAAAAUGUCGAAAACCAGGAUCCAGUCGUGUACCAACGUAAUAUAAGCUCUAAUAGUGGCAUGUCCCAGGAUUACGAUAAUAUAAAUAGUGCCCGAUCGUGCGAUUCUUCGAUUAUAAGUUGCUAUGAUGAAGCUUACAAUAUCCUGGUCCGGAAAAAUUCAACGUUACUGGAAGAUUACCGAAGACACGAAGACGUCACCAGCGAAAACGGUAGCGAAAGUUCUUCCUUAAGUGGAUCCAACGUACGAACCAAUAGAAGAACCUCCGUAAACAAUUCAAAAAAGAAAACACCAACAGUUGACUCGAGAACUAAAACUUCUUGUAGGAAAGAACGGUCUAGUACGAAGCCUCCGUUAACCCCUAGACCGUCUACAGGGCCCAUACGAAUCAAAUCUGUCGAUAGGUUACAGGCCAAACCUUCUCCAAGUACAAAAACUAAUCAAAGGACCAAAACUACUCCUACGAACUUAGAUCUUAAGCGGGAACCCAAAAGGACGUCAUCUGCUGCAGUGCGCACGUCUUCGACAAGUAGAACACCUACAUCUACCCAUAAUGACGACGGUAGAUGGCCAUCCAUCAAUAGUAAACCAGCACCACUAAUGUCCAGAUCCUUGAAAGGUUCGAUAGAUUGCACCAAGCAAAAAAUUUCUCCGUUAGAUACCAAGACUAUAGAAAAGUAUGCUACACUUCCAAGGCCGAAGAAAGACAAGAAUGUCGAUGACAACAAGGACGUGAAGAAGUCGAGUAGGGAGAACACCCUUCAUCGCUUAGCUCUAAGUAAACAAACUUCUCGUGAAAGCACACCAUCAAAACUGAUGACGAGCUCUUUGUACAUACCCAAAAGUAAAACAAAAACUAAAAUAUACCACGAAAACGGUGUUCAGACAGCCUUAACGAUUUCCGACAUAGAAAAUGCUUUGGCUGGAGUUGCAAUAAAUGCCAAAAAUCCACAAGAUUCCGAAACUUGCGAAAAAGAUCUCCAGGUUGACACUAUUAGCGCAGAUAUGAAUAAGUUAAAGGAAAGAUUGGAAGCGAUCACUGAAAAAUACGAGGCGUUACAAAAAGACUACAAAUCACAGACUGAGAAACUUAAAGAGACUGAGGAAAAGUUAAGGGAGGAGGUUAUUGAAAAGGACGGUUUGCGGGAGGAGUUACAGAACAAUUCACAAAGAGUUAUGGCCAUUUUGGGAACAGAUACCGCUGAUGAUUCAGAAUCAAAUCACAACGACAGCCUUCUCGUCCUAGAAACCAAAUUCCAAAACGUUGGCGAAGUCGUCAUCCGACAAGAAGAAGAAAUAUCCAAACUAAACGCACUAUGCCGAACGCUACAGAUGGAUCUGGAAAAGAACGUUGCCAUACAAAGGACGCUAGUUCAACAACAAAGAGAUCUAGAGUUGGAAAGCUUGGAACUGCAGGAUUUCAUGCAGGCAGAGAAAACAACACUUCACGACGCGUUGAAGGAAUCGGAGGCUGAAGUUAAGAGACAACAUGUUUUGAUACAGAGUAAGGAUAAGGAGCUGGUGGCGAAACAGGAGGAAAUUACAAAAUUAAAGAAACAGAGUGACCAGAAAAGACAGGAAAACAUGAGUCUUCAAGCGCGAUUGGGAGUACUGGAAACCAAAAGCCGCGAACUUUUGGUACAUCAGGGAAGUUCGGUGUCAGGAGCAGCUGUAGCUUUGUCGGCUCUCAUUGGAAGAUUGGACGGUCUUGUGGAAGAACUGGUGGCUGCUUAUAGUAUUUCUGACCAGGAAUUAGAGGAUGUUAUCUUUCAUAAUGAGGCUUACAAGAACAGCAGCAGUAGUCCUGAGUCUACACCGGAAAAAGCGAGAAAGAUUUUCAUCGACAAAACUCCUUCUCCAUCAAAAGGCUCUUCUUUCGUAUCAGCUGUCAUUAAUGCCAUUAAAAGUGCUGCUCAGUCACCGUUUGCAAUGCGAGAUGUGAGCAAGGAUACUUUAUCUACGGAUCAUUCCAGUUCUAACGAAAUGUUGGACUCAGAAACCGAGCCCUGCCUAAUGAUGGAGCACGUCCUCGAAGACGUAGUUAUUCCUGACGGCCAUUCUCACAAUCUGAUCUCCUCUGGUCACGGUAGCAUGAUGAGUUCCCGACUGACGCACAGCGAAAGCUUGAAAGAUGUUUCCCAGACCAUUCUGAGUCGACAAAUGUCUGAACCGACAAGUAUGAGUUUUUAUGGAAGUCUCAACACUUCGUACACUAGCGAUCUGGUUUCGUUGAACGAAUUUUUUCCUUCCAUAUCGCUUGUGGAUCAAGUUAUUGACGUUGAUAAUCUUAUUACGAGACUGUUGAAAGUGAUUAGAAUAAUACAAAUGGAGAAUGAAGACUGCAUGAAUGAACUGCAAGAACAGAGGGAUAAUCUGUUGGAGCAAGUUGAUAAACAAAAAGAGACGAACAAAGUGGUUGUGAAGCAACUCAAAGAUUGGGAAGUUCUUGGAGCCAGACUGAAGAGUGAAGUAAAGGAACUGAUGGCACAAAUGUCAAAGAAGAAUACCGAAAUGGAUAACUUAAAAGGAGAGUUGAACAAACAAAGGGAAGAAGUCGAGAAAUUAAACCAAGAUGUUUGUGAGUUAUCAACAGCUCUUUCCAAAGCCGAAAUGGCAAACAAAAUAAAAGAGGAUGAAGUCAGUCAAGAAAUUAAGAAAUGGGAAAAGACUGGAGAGCCUCCUUCUCCUGAUAUUUUAGGAAGACUUGUUUCUACACAAAAUGAGAUACCAAUACUUAAGGAACAGUUGAGCGAGAAAGAGAAACAUCUGAAUGAAUUAACGCAGGAAUUUCUGGCCAGUAGGCAAGUUCUGACAGAGAGUUUAAAAGAAGCUGUAAACGAAUCUAAGAAACAAUACGAUGCAAUCGAUCACGCCUUAGAGGUCUUACACAGUAUUCAAACCGUAGUUCAACAAUGCGCACCCCUAUCCAAACUGCAACGAGAUUUAGAAGAAAUCAAUUUUCAAAGUGCAUCUGCAAUGCCAUUAGUCACACCAGCAGAUUGCAACGCCAAUGCUGCCCGUUUACAAGCGGUAGCCAAUUUGGAAAUAGCUCCCACUAUUAACACAACUGCCUAAAACGAUUAUCUGUCCUCCUUCCUCCCUCCAAGAACGAAUACGCCAUAUUAGUGACGUCACGUUGUCGAUUUUAAGGUUAGGUCUAUCUUAAUUUUAAAUGCACCGAUUUUUUAUCCCACAACAAGUAAUUUGAGUCAAUUAGAUAUAUUGAUAAACAGCUUGAAAGCUUCCAAACAUCUAAAUUAUGUUUUCUAAACAUUAGUUUCGUUUGAAACCUUAAUGUUAUAAUUUUAUUAUUAAUCCAUUGAUCAUUAUUAUUAAUCCAUUGAUUUUAUUAUUAAUCCAAGGUCAAAAGGGACCCGCCGGGAAGAAGAUGGGCUGAUAUGAGAUGGAAAAAUAGGAAACAAUAUGAUAGAUAGAGACCUCAGAGAAGGUGACUGGGAGAAUAGAGUGAUGUAGAGGACGAAAACGACGAAUUUAUAUUGGAAAAAAAGCCGACGAAGAAGAUGAAUUAUCCCAAAUAAUGAAAAAGAAUAAAGAAAAAGUAAGAAAAAUUUAACAAAAUGUGUAAUAGUAAUUUACUGAUUAUACCAGUGACCUCAGUUUGCAAAAUGUCUGUUGACGCCUUUGGAAUCUUGGCGCUCUUUAACCGACCAUUUCUUUUCAUUGGUCAAACGAAGGACUUCAAGUGAGCCUUGUUUUCAAUUCAACUAACAAUCACAUUUGUACAAAAUAGGGCUUUUCAUUCACAGUCAUUUGUUUCGAGCUUCUGUCAUAUGUCGUAUAAUCCGUGUAUAUUAAUAUUAUACACAGAUUAUACAACAUAUGACAGAAGCUUGAAACAAAUGACAAUCGAUGAAAAGCCCUAUAGAAGAUAAUAACAUAGCAUUCUCGUGCCAGGUGAAUUCUGACAUUUGUUCAACAAGCCAUACUGACACUUGCUUAGCAUGACCUGAAAUAGUUCUGGGGAUAGAAAAUACAAGUAGUAAAACAAGGUAAAGUAAUAGUUCAAUACUCUAAGAAGAAAAUGAUAAGAUAUAACUUAUAGGAACUGUCAAAAAUGACAAAUGACAGGUAGUGAAAGAAGGUAAAGUAAUAAUUCAACACGCAAAGAAGAAAAGGAUAAUAUGUAGUGUAUAGGAACUGUCAAAAAUGAUAGCGUGACGUCAUCAGUAAUGUGGCGUAUCUGUGUAUGAAAUAUGUCGUUACGCGGGAAAAGCAUAAUUUUGGUUGUCUUUGAAAAUAAAGACUUCUGUGAACAUGUAAUAUAUAAAAAAUGAAUAGAGUAGAAUAAAAAAUGUUUUGUAGAAAGAGUUUAUGGGAUAAUUACCUAUCCUUGUGUUAUAUAAAUUGUAUCUAACCAGUGUUUCAAAGAAUUUAAUUGAAAAUUACUUAACAUUUUUCAACUAAAAUUCGUGACAGCCAGUAGGAUCUUUAUCAAUAUGUUUUUAAGUAUACUGAAGAUCAUAUUCACUGAGAUUUGUAUGUACUCCAAACUACCAAUGGUAUUCAAAAUGUUAUUAGUAGAGUUUUUUAAGGUAAUGUGUUUUGAGAGAAGAUAGCAAUGUCAGAAGAAUCACAAGCGUGUCCUGGACAGAACACAGAAUCAACUUGUCAAUUCUGAAAGAGUUUCAUAUAAAAGACGGGCUAUAAAAGUAAAUCUUACAGACGGGCUAUAAAAAUACCUAAAUUGCUUCGACCACAUAGCCAGAAGAACUGGAACUAUAGAAGUAUUGGUAGAAAAAGAAAAGGUAGAAGACCGAAGACCAAGAAGAAGAUCUCCAACACGAUGGGAAGACCAAAUGAAGACUCUAGUGGAAAAAUUCAUACAUGAAGCCGUCCCCCAAUCAGGAUCGCAGCCAAUGGAGAU